AUGGGUAAAAAUACCAUUGCUGCCAAAGUAUCGCUUGAGAAGUGUUAUCUGGACUGUUCCAAAUCGACGAAGACGGUGAAAAAGUGGUUUGCUGAUUUUAAUCGUGGCCAUACAGUCACUGACGAUGCUGAACGCUCUGAAAGGCCAAUUGAGGUGGUUACACCGGAAAAUAUAAAAAAAGUCCAACAAAACGUUUUGGAAAACCAAAAAGUAAAAUUGCCUGAGAUAGCUGAUACCCUAAAGAUAUCAAUAGAACGUGAUGGACAUAUUGCUCAGGAAUAUUUGAAUAGGAAAAACCUCUGUGCCUCGCAAACUCACAUUUGA